AUGACAUUCGCUACGGUCGAAGGGGAUGAAACAAAUCGAGCACGCGUGCUAAAUAUAAUAAUAUUAUACUGUCCGUUAUUACCAUACGAUUUGUCACGAUUUGUCGUGGGCGUGUUAUUGGCGUGUUUUAUACGAAGGUAUACAAACCAUGCGACGGUAUCAUAUUAUUACUAUGCUUUUGAAAAAAUUCAUAAUAUUUUUUUAUUCGUCCGUGAUAAGUUAUCCGGUGCGUGGGCGGGUUUGGUCGUGGAGUAUAACCACAGUGGACUCUGGACAGGUGUGGUGGGUGAUGGGGCGUGGCGGGGCGACGGCGAAGGGUUGUUUACUGUAAAGGACGAUCGGCUGUCGUGCUGUCGCUGCGGUUCGUUACCUCCAUGGUCGAAAAUCCCGAUGCGGUCCGGAGAUCGACGUGGUGUCUGA